AUGAUUUUAAAAUCUGCUAAAGAAAACAAUUCUGUUCCAACAUAAACACUCUCUAAUAUAACAAGACUAUUAAAAAACAAGGCUUAACCAAAUAAUCAGAAUCCAUAACCAUCUUUACUUAAUGAUUAUAAAUUAGAAGCUCAGAUUGGAUAAGGUUAAUUUGCUUAAGUUCGAAUUUGUCGAUCUAAAGAUAAUGGACAACGUUAUGCUAUGAAAAUAUAUUAAAAGAGUAAAUUAGAUCAGAAAACCUUAAAUGGUAUUCAUAGAGAGAUUGCUAUAUUGAAAUAGUUGGAACAUCAAAAUAUCGUUAAAAUACAUAAUUCUUUAGAGGAUGAUAAAUAUGUACUUAAUUAUUAUAUUUAGAUUUACCUUCUACUCAAUUAUGCUUCAUCUGUAUCAUUAGCUGAAUUUACUAAAGAUAGGUAGUUAUCAGAAUAAUAAAUUAAAAUUAUAUUCAAGUAGUUGAUGAUGGCUGUUCAAUAUUUACAUUCAAAGUGUAUAUCACAUAGAGAUAUCAAAUUGGAAAACAUUCUAUAUAGUUAACAAAUAGUUUUGAUUGAUUUUGGAUUUGCAAUUUAAACAGAUAAAUUAUGUUCUGUUUAAUGUGGAACUCCAAAUUAUAUGGCACCUGAAUUGUUAAUCAAAUAACCAUACAAUCCAUUUGCUACAGAUAUAUGGGCAUGUGGAAUUGUAUUGCAUUAAUUAUUAGUUGGAGAAUUUCCAAAGAAUAAUAAAAUAUCGAAUUCUAUUUCUGGACCUUUAUAAAGAAUUUUAUUGUCAUGUCUAGAUAAGAAUGCAGAAAGAAGAUGGACAGCAGAUAAAGUACUAAAUGAACUUAAUCAAAUUACUUAUUAAUGA